CUGGUUUCUUCAAAGGUCCCCAGUUUAUAAUUCUGAAGGAAUUAGAAAAGAGAGGCUCGGCAUCUACUCAUGAGUCAGCCUACCCGUGAAAAUUCACAGCCAAGCACAAGCUGGAAAACACGCAAAUACACACGGGACUCCAGAACCAGUUAGGGAACAACACGUAGCGACUGACCUACAGUGGGCGGGUGCCCAUCGGCAGGGCCCGGCUCCGUCCAUGCUGAAGAAACAGGGGAAUGUGUCUGGUUGAAAACUCCCGUCGGGAGGCAGUCAGGUCUGAAGCUGUUGAAUGAUUUGUGAAAAGAUGCAGACAAGCGCAACAGGGACAAAGCAAACGCUCGGACCCCUCGGAGCAGAGAGCGAUGUCCCACUUGGCAACGCAGAAGCUAAGACCUUGAAGAAGAUGGUCGAAAUUGUGGCUUCGACGAGGUAGAAGAGGUUGACAGAUUUGUUUCAGGUAAACAAAAAUCUGAGGUUGUAAUUCACGAGAAAGUUCGUCUCAAGUUGAUGAGUUUUCUAUUCCUUUAGCUCCAGCUCCCUCCGAACACCAAACUAGGACACCUCUUCCAAACUUGCCCUGGGUGUUUUCCGCCUCUCACCUACAGGCGCAGGAGGCCCCAUUAACCUGGCACAUCUGACGGGUGGGUCCUUGUUGCCCCUUCUUCUAGUCCUGAGCGGGCGCUGGGUGCUGGCCCGGUCUGACUGACUGAGUCUCCACCCCUUAGACACAGCAUUCAUCGAUGAAGAGAGAGAACCAUACCGCGGUGGGUGAAUUUGUUCUCCAGGGGUUUUCCAGCUUUCGUGAACACAAGAUCAUCCUCUUUGUGAUAUUUCUUACCUUGUACCUUUUAACUCUGGCCGGCAACGUCGUCAUCGUGACCAUCAUUAGCGUGGAUCGUCACCUCCACACGCCCAUGUACUUCUUCCUGAGCAUGCUGUCCGCUUCAGAGACCGUAUAUACACUCGUCAUUAUACCCAAAAUGCUCUGUAACCUUGUAGGCCUGAGUCAGCCCAUCUCCUUGGCUGGCUGUGCCACCCAGAUGUUCUUCUUCAUCACCUUGGCCAUCAACAACUGCUUCCUGCUCACGGCGAUGGGGUACGACCGCUACGUGGCCAUCUGCAACCCCUUGAGGUACACGGUCAUCAUGAACAAGAGGGUGUGUGCCCUGCUCGUAUCAGGGGCUUGCAGUAUUGGGCUGUUUGUGGCCAUAACUCAGAUUUCCUCUGUAUUCAGACUGCCCUUUUGUGACAGAGAGGUGGCCCACUAUUUCUGUGACAUCCGCCCAGUUAUGAAACUCUCCUGUGCUGAUACCACUCUACAUGACAUAAUUAAUUUUAUCAUCAGCUCACUCGUUAUCGUGGUUCCCAUGGGCCUGGUCUUCAUCUCCUACGUCCUCAUCGUCUCCACCAUCCUCAAGAUCCCCUCCGCCCGGGGCCGGAAGAAGGCCUUCGCCACCUGCGCCUCUCACCUCACGGUGGUCGUCGUCCACUAUGGCUGUGCCUCCGUCGCCUACCUCAAGCCCAAGUCGGAGAACACCAGGGAUCAGGACCAGCUGAUCUCGGUGACCUACACCGUCAUCACCCCCCUGCUGAACCCAGUGGUGUAUACCCUGAGGAACAAGGAGGUCAAGGAUGCUCUUCACCGUGCUAUUCGCAAAAACCCUCUUGCUUAGGAUCUAUGGCAGUUUGCCUGUCGUCUUCUGAGUAUUUCAUAAUCUCAAAAAAAAAAAUUGGAUUUAUUCUCUACCCAGAAAAAGUUGCAGGAUGUGGUGGUGGCUUCAGUGAGGAGUCUAGAGUUGCCCUGACUUGAAGUUCAUUUUCAUCAUCAUGGUCCCAUGUCUUCUACUAAUCUCGGAGGUUACCUCCAGAGGCACUGCUUGGAAGGUGGAGAGCUGGUCGGGAACGACAACGUAGAGGGUGGCUCAUCAUUACCGGUUUGCUGAUGGCAGGAAACUGGGCUGUAUAAUACCUCUUUGGAGUGAGGGGUUGAGAGAGCCGCCUGAAUGCCAGGCAGAUCCUGAGCUCUGGAACAUUGAGAGAGCAUGGCUGGUGCACAGGAUGUGCUGGAAACACAGUCAUAACUACGUUCCCACUUCUCAUCACUUUUCCUCUGCUCAGUGACAAGAGUAACAGACCGUGACAUUCCAGAAGAAAUAUCCUCUGCCUUAACAUGCUCACCUGUCUUGGAGACCCAUGAGAUUUCUUCCGGUUCUACUGAAGCUUGCACUAGAGCUGUCUCCUUGGUGAGUCUCGUAUAUCCACAUGUGCGUAAGGAGGCUGACCCAUCCAGCCACCGCAUUCCACCGCCUGUGAAGUGACACGUAUGUGCCGCAUUCACGAGUGUGGGGCUCUCUGAAGACCUCUUUGGGGAACUAAAUGUAUCAGCUCCACUUCCCAACUCACUUUGGCUAUCUCGGAUCUGGGUAAUUAGCAUGUGUGAAGCCUGAGCAGAAACAUGUGUCUUGCCUUCCCUUCCUCAUUUCUGCAUGGCUGAAUUCAUUGUCCGUCAACAGUUGGGUGCCUACUUCCUCAGUGUGAUCACUUGUCCAGAUGCAGUCUGGAUACCUCCAAGUUCCUAUCACUACGGCCUUCUGAAGGGGGACAUUGUACUGAUUUGUAAGAAAGGUGUAAGGUUUUAGGGAUAUUUGGCCUCGUGUGGAAAAGGGGCAGAACUUGCCAGAUGUCUUCCUGUCUGUAAAAGGGUGACAUUAAAUGAUCAUCAUUAGCCAGAUUGGGGAAUCUGCCAAUUCACCUGCCAGCCUUCUCCUGCUCCAGGGCAGUCCAAGUGGUGGCUCCCUGGUGGUCUAGUGGUUAGGAUUCGGUCUCAAGGGCAGUCCAAGUGUCCCUACUGAGGAUGGGUUGAGAGUGUAUGUCCGACAGGCAGCUCGGGGAACCCUAAUGGUAGAGGAGCCAAGAAGGGAGAUCCUCAUAUUUACAGAGCAUUACCUGAAAGAGUGAAAGCUUUGCCUCCUCGCUGCAGCUGCCUUAUCUUUGGCCUUAUCUGGCUUCCCUGAGAACACCAUGGAAUCCCAUCUGGGCCAUGAGGUUCAAGGAAAACACUCUCAUGGGUCUGCUUCUCAGAAAGCCCCACUGGAGAUCCUCUCUUUGGGGGUCCUGCUCACUGUAGCAGGCCCAUUCCCUAAAGCUGUACCCAACAGUCGACUCAUUUUUAUAGAUCUCUGAAUUUUUGCACAUAUUCUCCCUGCCAGGAUGUUCCACAACUGUCCAGGGCUUUAUAAGAUUGGUGCCCAUAUUGAAAACAGUGGGUUCCCCUGAGUUCCUAUAGUUCGAUGCUGCAGAAAACUAUGGGGUGAUUUUCCCAAAGUAAUGUUUGCAACAAUAAAGAGUAUGUGUGAAAGGUA